GAAAGAGAGGAUAGAGGUGGUUUUGGCAAGUUGUAGGAAUGAAUGAAUUGAAUGAAUGGUAUUACUAAUUGUUGGUGUGAUGCUAAUUUCAGUUGGCGCCAAACCAAAUCUUGUGGGCUUCGCCUUUGGCUUUUUAUGCAAAUAAUAUUUAUAUAAUCCUAUCCUAUCCCAUUCUACGGCUUCUAAUUUGUCCCAGUUCAACUCAUCAACCACCCUUCUCUGUCGGUCGCCGGCCAUUGUUGGGCUCUUCUUUUCAAUUUCAUCUCUUAAAGGUAUUAUUAACGUUAUCCAUGGAGAUUGGCAAAACAAGAAAUUCCUCUGGCUUUGGCAAACCUCCAUGGAUAUUCAAAGGAAGUGCAUCGUAUCAACUCCAUCUUGUCAAAGCAGAAACUGCUAGAGCAUGCAUCCCUAAAGAGUUCAGACUGGUUGAAGCAUUUGGGUAUACUUUGGGAGGGUUCUUUCUAGCCAACUAUGAGGACAGUCCGGCUGGAGCCUUUGAUGAGCUCGUUGUGAUUGCGGGGCUUGUAUGGAACCCACCAACAUCUUGCGCAUGGGCCACUAAGGUGUUUGUGAACAGUAAUGAAGCUUGUGAACAUGGACGAAAGGAAGUAGGGCUUCCAAGUCAUGUGGCACGGUUCUCAAAGAGAAUUACAGCAAUGCCAAAGAAAAAAAGUAACAAAAGCAUUGGAUUUUUAGAUAUGAUUGGUAUGAAUACUACAACUACCACUUCCUCUAAUUCGAGAGAUUUCAUGGAUGUCCAAGUGACUGAAGUCAAAAGUCCUUGUGUAGAAGAUAGCUGCUCUUUUAACCUUACUACCACAUUAGUGCCUGCUGCAUCGAGUUUGGACAAGUGGAUGGGGCCAACCAUUAAAAUGUCUCUUCCAAGCUUUAGCGGCCGUACAGAAUAUACUCCAGACUUGUUCAAGUAUUCUUGCAAGAUUCAGUGCAGAGUGCGAGCAGUCCAUCCAACAAAAGUGUCUGUGUCGAGAAUCAGUGAAUUGGAACCAUGUUCAGAACAUCACGAGUCCAGAAGUAGUAGUAGUAGUGCCACUACCAUGGAUCAUUCGACCAGUGCAGCUGUGAUGUUAUCAAAGCCCAUAUUUGCAUUCAAAUUCAGCCGUAUGACUAUGGAGGUUGAAGCCCCUGUUGUAGUUUCCAACUGUUCUAGUUCUAAUAAUCCGUUGAGAACUUGUUGACCAAGAUAUUAUUCUUUAUGUUGAAUGAAAUCCCAUUGUGAAAAAAAGAAAAAAAUGCACUCUCUUGUGGACUUGUAUGAUAAGUUUAGUAACAUGAUCAGUUGUUUUGAAUCGUUUAUAAUAUAAAUACAGUUCCAAUAAUGACAACAAAAA